UUGCAACUACGCUUUAUUUCCAACGCAAAUUCCAGUGCCCGCCGCCGCUAUGGAGACGGGGCUCCGGCCCACUGCCACUCCCACUCCCACCCCCGCUACUACUCUUCUCCGGAAGUACCAAUUAGGCCGCCUUCUCGGUCGUGGAAGUUUCGCCAAAGUCUAUCAAGCAGUUUCCUUAGCCGAUAACUCCACCGUCGCCAUCAAAAUCAUCGACAAAUCCAAAACCAUCGGCGCUGUCAUGGAGCGUUGCAUAGUCCGGGAGGUUGCCGCCAUGCGCCGCCUCGAUCACCAUCCAAACAUACUCAAAAUCCACGAAGUCAUGGCGACAAAGUCCAAAAUAUACCUGGUGGUUGAAUUCGCUGGCGGUGGCGAACUCUUGGCUAAAAUCUCCCGCCGUGGGCGAUUCACCGAAACCGUCGCGCGCCGGUAUUUCCAACAACUCGUCUCGGCCCUUAAGUUCUGCCACGAUAACGGCGUCGUUCACCGUGACGUGAAGCCGCAGAAUCUUUUGCUGGACGAACAGGGCAAUCUGAAAGUCUCUGAUUUCGGUCUCUCUGCUUUACCUGAACAACUCAGAGACGGAUUACUCCACACUUCUUGUGGAACUCCAGCGUACUCAGCGCCAGAAGUCAUGACCUGUCGCAGUGGUAGCGGAUACGACGGCGGAAAGGCUGACGCCUGGUCAUGUGGAGUAAUUUUAUUCGUAAUGCUCUCUGGGUUUCUCCCUUUCGACGACAGUAAUCUAGCGGCGAUGUACAGAAAAAUCCACAGGCGAGAAUUUCAAAUCCCUAAUUGGGUAUCGAAACCUGUCCGAUUCCUAAUAUAUCACCUCCUCGAUCCGAAUCCCAAAACGAGGAUGAGCAUUGAGGCGUUAAUGCAAAACCCCUGGUUCAAGAAAUCGCUGCACUUGAAACAGGCCAAUGAGAACCUACUGCAAUCGAUGAGGGAUUAUCGAAUGGGAAAAGAGAGGGGAAUUGGGGAAAUGAAUGCGUUCGAUAUAAUUUCGAUGUCUUCGGGGUUGGAUUUAUCGGGGCUGUUUGAAACGACGGAGAGGAGAGCGGAGAGGAGGUAUGCGUCGAGAGCGACGGUGAUGGAGGUGGAGAAGAGGGUCAGGGAGAUGGGCGUAGAGUUGGAGUAUGAAGUGGAGGUGGGGGGAAAGGGAGGGUCGAUCGGAAUGGGGAAGAGGGGAGUGGUGGUGGUGGUGGAAGUGGUGGAGGUGGCAGUGGCAUUAACGAUGGUGGAGGUGAGGGUGGUGAAAGGAGGGGAGGAGUUUGAAGAACACCAUUGGAGGUGUUUUGAAGGCAAACUUCAAGGAUUUGCAGUUCCAUGGCAGAGGAAAUGUAAUUUGUAAAGCUCUUUUUGUUUGUUUGUGUUGGGGAAAGGGAAUAGAGUUAUAGGGAUUUGGAACUUCCAAUUUUCGUGUAGUGCUAAACUACAAUCGUAAACUUCAAUUUAAAUUUUGGUUCUGUAAAGUUCUUUUUGUUUUUACAUAUAUGAAUGUUUCGAUCGCAAAUCUAAUCAAACAUAAUUUAGUAAUUUGGAGCA